AUGCGCUUGUCUGUGGAGGCGAGCAACGGCACUCUGUCGUCUGGCUUCUCUAUGGUUGGACCUCCGCACUCUGCGUCGGGAGAGCCGGCGCGCGCUGCGGUGGGGGAAGCGGCUCCUCACGGAGGAAGGAGGUCAGCCAUGGCCGCCUCCAUGAUCUGCGGCCGGGCGGCGCUGGCAGCUGCCAAGCGGCUGAGGGACGGCAGCGGAGGCCGCCACGGUGUCCUGAGCGCCGCCGCCAAGGUACUUGGUGGAAGUACGGGCUCGUUGAAUAGCCAUGGGCUUCAAGUGCAGCAGCGAAGGAACCUGUCACUGCAUGAAUACCUGAGCAUGGGACUCCUGAAGGAAGCCGGCAUUGCCGUUCCGCACGGAUUAGUCGCCAAGACACCGGAGGAAGCUUACCUGAUUGCAAAAGAAAUAGGAACAAAGGACCUUGUUGUAAAGGCACAAGUAUUAGCUGGUGGAAGAGGGAAAGGAACAUUUGAAGGUGGCCUUAAAGGAGGAGUGAAAAUAGUCUUUUCUCCAGAAGAAGUAAAAGACAUUUCCUCCAAAAUGAUUGGGAAAAAGCUGUACACAAAGCAGACAGGAGAAAAAGGCAGGAUAUGCAACGAAGUAUUUAUUUGCGAGCGAAGAUAUCCCAGGAGGGAGUAUUAUUUUGCUAUAACAAUGGAGAGAUCCUAUCAAGGCCCUGUGCUCAUUGGCAGUUCUCAAGGCGGUGUCAAUAUCGAAGACGUGGCCGCGGAGAACCCUGAUGCAAUCGUUAAGGAGCCCGUGGAUAUUGUGGAAGGCAUCAAAAAGGAGCAAGCAGUCAAGGUGGCUGAGAAAAUGGGAUUUCCCACAAACUUAAUAGACGAAGCGGCUGAAAAUAUGAUUAAGAUAUACAACCUCUUCAUUAAAUUCGAUGCCACUAUGGUAGAAAUUAACCCCAUGGUUGAAGAUUCGACAGGAAUCGUGAUGUGUAUGGACGCAAAGAUAAACUUUGAUAGCAAUGCGGCUUAUCGUCAGAAGAAAAUCUUCAGCCUGCAGGACUGGACCCAGGAGGACAAGAGGGACCAGGAUGCGGCCAAAUCAAACCUCAACUACAUCGGGUUGGAUGGAAACAUUGGCUGUCUGGUGAAUGGGGCUGGUCUAGCAAUGGCCACAAUGGAUAUAAUUAAACUUCACGGAGGCACGCCUGCAAACUUCCUGGACGUUGGAGGUGGUGCGACGGCACAGCAAGUAACAGAGGCCUUUAGGCUCAUCAAUUCCGAUAGAAAGGUACAGGCUAUCCUAGUAAACAUUUUUGGAGGGAUUAUGCGAUGUGAUAUUAUUGCGCAAGGUAUAAUUGUGGCGGUGAAAGAUCUGGAGCUGAGAAUACCUAUUGUUGUACGGUUACAAGGCACACGGGUGGAUGAUGCCAAAGCUUUAAUAACAGAUAGCGGUCUGAAAAUCCUGGCCUGUGACGACUUGGAUGAAGCUGCUAAAAUGGUUGUGAAGCUCUCUGAAAUAGUGACCUUAGCAAAACAAGCUCAGGUGGAUGUUAAGUUCCAGUUGCCCAUCUGAUGGAGCAGACCGAGGCUCUCCCAAUACUGUUCUGUUCUCGUUCCACUCCACCUCCCCUUUAUAUAUGUGUGUCUGUGCAGAGGUUUUAAUCCCUUGAUAUUUACUGUUAAUAUUCAGAACGUUUUACCAUUCAUAUGAAACCAUUGUAUCGGUAAGAUCUGCUCUUAAAGGCCUGCCUCUCCAGCUCACGGCUACGGAAACAGUUACUCUCAAUAACGCUUGUUCAUUGUCCAAAGGGAGCUUGAUGCUGAAAAUGUAUUUCUCCCAAAUAAAAAAAAAAAUCUGAAGCCCACAAGGAUUUUUUGUAUUUGUCCCAAUAAUGACUCCACUUGCUAGCGCAUCUGUGUGGAAGGCCCACAGUGUGGCGCUCACGAGCUAUUUGAAAACCGUUGAGGAACCGUAGAGAAAUACUACUGAUUGGUAACAGAGGAAUGUAUCGAGAUGACAUUGUAUAUUGAAAAAAAAUAUAUUUAUAUUCUGCAGUUCAAUGAAGUUGAGCAUAUCACUCACUAUUUAUGAACAAUGUACUUCUUCGCCCCGUGGGGAUGGAGCAGAGACUGCGUUGUCCAACCAGAAGGGCCUCCUCGGGAGUAGCUUUUCCAGGGGACGGGAGGAAGUGGCGAAACUCCAUUCUGUGAGCCGGAGCCGCGCUCUCUGCCCUUCGCAUCCGCCCCAAACACGUUGGAAGCGAAACAUGAUUUGAGUAGUUGUAAUUUAAAUCACUACGAAACAAUGUACUGUAGUACUUUAAAAGUCUUCUUAAUUUCUGCUACAUUUAAAAAGUACUAUGUUAGUUUUGUACAUGAACAAAAUAAAGCUUAUUUCUUUAGUGCUGGAGCAGACGUACUAAAACUCUUCUUAAAGCAGUUAAUAAA